AUAAGACACAUUGACCUGAGCGGUGUUUAUAAACUCUAUCACGUGAUCUCAUGUCCAAACGUAAGUGACGUCAUGGAGUAGAAUCGAUCUAGAAGCGAACAGAACCGACACGGAAUUGGGUUCAAAUCACCGCGGACCUUUCAGAUGUCUGUUGUACACUGAGAGAGUAAUGUGUUUGUUGUGGUUACUCUGAUCCUCGGAGAGAUAAAAAUGGUUGUUUACAGUCUAUUUAAUUCCGUUGUAUUGGAUCUUCUACUGCGCCACCUGCUGUUAGUCGCCGGAGCUGCAGUCGUGACAGUCUGCAUUUAUUAUUAUGUCCAACGGGACGAUGGAGGACAAACCACCGAGGACACCGAGGACACCACCGUCCCCGAAGACCCAGUUUAUGAACAGACCACGGAACCGGCUCUGGUCCGACACACAGAGGUUGUUCAGGACCAGAUGAUGGAGGCUGAGUCUGAGGCUGAGGAGAAGAUUCAGGAGCUGGUGGUGCCCAAGAUUCAGCUGGAGGACAGAGUGAAGGAGCUGGUGGUGCCCAAGAUUCAGCUGGAGGACAGAGUGAAGGAGCUGGAGGAACUACUCUGUGAGGCACGCAGAAGCUAUGACCUGAAAAGUAAGGAGUGUGAGCGAGAACAGGAGGCUCACAGCAUCCUCCAGACUGAGAAUGACAAAAUGAAGAAGACCAUCGCUCAGCUGGAGGAGAAGAACGAUCAGAUGAGUAACCAGGAGCUGUUAAUGAACGUAAAAAUUUCUUCUUAUUAA